AUGGACAGACAGCCUCGGCCACGAUCGAUACAGUCACUGAUUCGCAGGGUAGGCAGGCUCGUCAAAGUCCAAAAGAGACGACCGCUUUCUUGUCGCCGAAUCUCCGGCUCUACCGACGACGACCUUGACGACACCGCCGUCACCACCAUGGCGGAUAAAGAGGAGGAUUUCAGCUCGUUGCCGUUGUCCGAUCGCUUUGCCCAUAAGAUAUGGAAGGUGAGAAAGGAGGCGUACGAAGAAGCGGCCAAACAGUUCUCGGCCUCGCCCGACGAGUCCGACCCUUGCUUUCGCCCAUUCCUCAACGAUGCCGGUCUCUGGAAGUCGGCAGUGACCGAUUCCAACGUUGCGGCCCAGCAAGAAGGCAUCAUUGCGCUAUGCGCCUUCUUGAAGUUUGGCGGUCGGGAUUGUGCCAUGCGCACGCGCCCCUACACCGUCACGCCCAUGGUGGAGAAGUCCCUUUCGUCGACGAGGGCUGCGACGAAACAGAACGCGCUCGAAGCGAUCCUGCUAUACAUUGAGCUUGACGUUGCCGCGCCCGUUCUGGAGGAUGUCAUGCCGGGCCUGUCCAACAAAGUGCCCAAGAACGUGGCGGCCACGCUGAACGCGCUGACCGCCAUCUUCCACAACUACGGAUGCAAGCUCGUCGACCCCAAGCCGAUUCUCAAGGCUCUGCCCAAGCUGUUCAGCGCCGCCGACAAGAAUGUUCGUGCCGAGGCGACGAAUCUGACGGUCGAACUGUACCGGUGGCUGCGCGAGGCCAUGAAGCCCAUGUUCUGGGGAGAGCUCAAACCGACCCAACAAUCGGACCUCGAGGCGCAGUUCGAAAAGAUCAAGACCGAGCCGCCGCCAAAGCAGGAACGAUUGCUGCGAUCACAGCAAGCUGCAGCAUCGGCCGCCCCCCCUGCGGGCGAUGACGACGGCGAGAAUCCCGACGACGACGCUGACGACGACGCCGAAGUGGAUGCCUUUUCUCUGGCCGAGCCGGUCGACGUUUCGAAAAAGAUCCCCCCCAACUUUGGCGAAAUGCUGGCGUCGCCAAAGUGGAAGGACCGCAAGGAUGCCGUCGAAGCCCUCGCGCAGGCCCUCAACGUGCCUCGCAUCAAAGACACCGACUUCAACGACGAGGUCCGGGGCUUGGCCAAGUGCAUGAAGGAUGCCAACGUUGCCGUCGUCACGCAGGCCGCCCAGUGCAUCGAGUUGCUCGCCAAGGGUCUACGCAAAGCGUUUGCGAAGCACCGUGCCGUCGUCAUGCAGCCCGUCAUGGAUCGUUUGAAGGAGAAGAAGCAGACGGUCGCCGAUGCCCUCGGCGGCGCCCUCGACGGAGUCUUCGACGCCACCAACCUCACCGAAUGUCUCGAGGACAUCGUUGCCUAUCUCGGCAACAAGAACCCCCAGGUCAAGGAGGGCACCAUGCGCUUCUUGAUCCGCUGCCUCAGGACGACGCGUGAGGUUCCGGCCAAGCCCGAGAUUGCGACCAUCUGCGAGUCCGGGAAGAAGCUGCUGUCCGAGUCGAGUCCCGCGCUGCGUGACGGAGGUGCCGAGAUCUUGGGAACCGUCAUGAAGAUUCUCGGCGAGCGAGCCAUGGGCCCCUACCUCGAAGGUCUGGACGACAUUCGGAAGAACAAAGUCAAGGAGUUUUUCGAAACCGCCGAGGUCAAAGCAAGAGAGAAGCCGAAGCCCGUGGCGAGGGCGCCGCCCCCGGCGGUGAAAAAGGUCAUGGGCGCGAAGAAGCCGGUCGCGAAGAAGGCGGCGCUGACGCCGGCCUCGGCCGCGGAAUCGACGCCAAUGUCGCCGCGGCCGAGCGCCAAGGCGACGCCGGCCGGUAGCAAGCUGGGGAUGCCCAAGCCGUCUGGCCUCGGGGGACUCAAGGCGCCGCAGAAACGAACGCUCGGGGCGCCGGGAGCUGCGUCCCCGAGACGACCUUUGGCGGGGCCGCCGGUGAUGCCGGCCGACGACGACCCCCCCCCGCAACCGCGAGCCGGCCUCUCCCGGGGCCUCACGGGUCGAUCGCUGGCCAAACCGGCGGCGGCGGCGGCACCUCCCAUGGCGCCCGAGUCUCCCACGCCUUCCAGCGGACUCACGACGAUGGAGCGAGCCGAGCUGGAGGAGCUGCGGUCGACAAACGAGCAGCUCACGCGGCAAUUGGAUGACAUGAGGCAGGAACGAAGCAAGUUCAGAUCGGAGAUUCAAGAGUUGAAGAACCAGAAUGCCGGCUUGAUAGAGGACCAUACGCGCGAUGUCUUGUGCAUCAAGGCGAAGGAGACGCAGCUUGUCCGCGCUCGCGGCGAUGCCGAUGCCACGGAGCAGGUCAACGAGCGAUUGCGCCGGGAACUGGAGCGCUUAAAGAGAGCGUUGAGCCGUUCCGAGGGCCUCGCCAGUCCGACAAUCACGUCGCCUGUGCGCGAAGACGUCGGUGUAUCGCGCGACCAAGGCUCGUCCCUGAGCGGGAUGCACCGGAUGAGCUACGCGAGUACGAUGUCGGAGGAGAAAGAAAACGGCGAGGUGGUGUUCCCGAGGAGCAAGGUGAGCCCGGAAAUGAGGUACUCCGUGAGCGCCCUUUCUUCGGGACCCGAUUCCCCAGCUCGCGGCUACAGAAACGUGCCGAUGCAGCGAGACGAUGGCAACGAUCAAGGCCCUGCCGUUCGACGAGAACGACCGACGUCGAUGCUGCUGCAACCCACCAGCAGCGGCGAGGGCGAAAGCUGGAGGAGAGCGGCCGAGGUGACGAGCCAACUGAAGGCCCGCAUCGAGCAGAUGAAGGUUGGUUCCCUUAUCCACCCGAAGCGGACGAGAGCGGGAGGAUCUAACAGUCUCAAGGCGAAGCAGGGGUUUGCGCGGCCCUGA